CAGCAAUGUGGAGUGACAAUAACUCUGUGAAGCUGAAAAGUGAUCGUUCACCUCCUGUGCAAUGGUGUGAGGUAGCUGCCCAUGAAGAUGAGGAGACCAAGCUGGUUUUUAAAAGGUACUCGCAAAAUUCUUGCACUGUUUGUGGUUGGAGGGUGCUUCCUUUAUAUCCUCAAAUUACAUUUUGGCCCUGAAGAAUGUGACAGAACAAAAAUGCAGUAUGUGGACCUCGAUCGUGUAAGGAGAGCACAGCAGUAUGCUAGUGCUGUGCUGCAGGAGCAGUGCCGACCUUCCUAUGUGAAGAAAGAAAUGGGGAAGUUGUUUGCAGAGAAAUAUACCAUGGACAUAUCUCCCUUUGUAAGGAAAAAUAUAGAUGAAGAUGAAGCUUUAUUUAAAUAUGAGCCUCCGUUUGGAUUUCACAAGUUCUUUGAUAAGCUUCAAAAUCUCCUUGAACUCUUACCUGAGCAUGAUUUACCAGAGUAUUUGAAGUCAAAACACUGUAAGCGUUGUGUUGUUGUUGGCAGUGGUGGAAUUCUUCAUGGAUCAGAGCUGGGUCAUUUGUUGAAUCAGUUUGAUAUUGUUAUAAGGUUAAAUGAUGCACCAGUUCAAGGAUACACAGAGCAUGUUGGUAACAAAACGACUAUCCGGAUGACUUACCCAGAAGGAGCUCCCCUUGCUGAACAUGAGUACCCUCCUGGCAGCUUGUUUGUGACUGUUCUGUUUAAAAGUGUUGAUUUCAACUGGCUGGAAGCAAUAGUAAAAAAUGAAACCUUGCCUCUGUGGGUGCGACUGUUCUUUUGGAAGGAGGUUGCUGAGAAAAUUCCUUUUUCAUCAAAGCAGUUUCGGAUUCUGAAUCCAGUUAUCAUCAAAGAGACAGCUUUGGACAUUUUACAGUUCCCUGAGCCUCGAUCAAAAUUCUGGGGUUGGGAUAAGAAUGUACCUACAAUUGGGGUCACAGCAGUUGUUCUGGCCACACAUUUAUGUGAUGAAGUGAGCUUAGCAGGAUUUGGGUAUGACCUGGAUCAGCCCAGCACACCUUUGCACUACUACAACAACCUCUGCAUGGCUGCCAUGAACGGACAAACUAUGCACAAUGUGACAAGUGAAACAAAGUUCCUGCAAAAACUGAUCAAGGAAAAAGUUGUCAAAGACCUCACUGGUGGGAUACAUUGUGAAUUCUGCAGCAAAGGCAGCUAGUGACUGACCCGCAGCAUAGUUUGGAUUUGGGAAGUUUCCAGAGGUUCAGCUGGAUCAACCUU